AUGGCGAAGGUUCGUGAAGUCCAGUGGGUACUUCGCCUUUGCAAACUCACCAAACGAGUUCUUAGGAACUGUUGGGCCUGUAAAAGGUUUCAAGCCGUGGCUGCUCCUCACCCACCAGCCAGACCCCUGCUAAGGGACAGAACUGAAGGAGACAAUCCCUUCAGCGUCAUUGGAGUAGACAUCACCGGACCUGUAAACCUAAUUUGUUUGUCCUCUUCAAAUGUAGCUGCUAGAUCACAUGAUGAAGCAAGUGAAAUUAAUCUAAUGAAGUCUGCCACAUCAUUGAAGGUGACUCUCCUGGGCAGUGGGUGGAGUUCGUCAAUAGCGGGCUUGUCCACCAUCAACAGACAGCUUGCCAUUCUGUUGGCCAAACACUCUGAAGUGGACGUUACUCUCCUAGUCCCACAGUUUGCCUGCUCUGAAGAAGAGAAGAGGAUGGCAUCAAGUCACAAUGUUUCCAUCCAGGAGGCCAAGAAACUUGCAGGCUUCAGAAAUCCUCUUGAAUGGUUGAGUUUCCCACCAAGAGACCUUGUCAUUGACUUUGUGCUGGGUCAUGGUGCAAAGCUUGGUAAGCAAGCCCAAGUUAUCAGAAAGUCUCACAGUUGCAAAUGGAUUCAGGUGGUGCACACUGCACCCGAAGAACUAGCAAUGUACAAAAACUAUCCCGAGGCCAUUUCCAAAGGAGAAGAUGAGAAUACAACUGAAGUGGAGUUGUGUAAGUUGGCAGAUGCUGUGAUGGCAGUUGGACCAAAGUUGGCGACGGCUUACUCUUGCUACCUGCGCCCAUGGGGGAAGCAGCAAGGUAUAAUUCAACUGACGCCAAGCACGUUCAGUGAGUUUUCCGACGUAAAACAAGCUGCAAUUGAUACGGUCAAGUUUAAGGUUCUAACGUUUGGCCGUGGUGACCCAGAGGAUUUCAGCUUGGAGGGCUAUGAUAUUUCUGCUAAAGCAAUAGUUGAACUGAGAGACAACUCUUACCAUCUGAUUGUCGUAGGUGCACCUGACGGUAAACAGGAUGAGGUUGCAUAUAAUUUACUCAAAUGUGGAAUUGGUAGAAAGCAGCUGACCGUGAGAAGGUCCAUGCGAAGGAUAGAGGAAUUGAAAAUGUUAUUCUGUCAAGCUGAUCUCUGCAUCAUGCCCUCCAGAACAGAGGGUUUUGGUUUGACAGCGUUAGAAGCGUUGUCUGCUGGUCUUCCCAUUCUUGUCAGUGGAAACUCAGGAUUUGGUGAAGCACUGUGCGCUGUACCAUCAGGCAAAUCAUUCGUGGUGGAGUCUGAGGACCCUGGGGAGUGGGCAAAGGCAAUUGCUAGUGUCCGACAGAAGGAAAGAUCAGAUCGCCUUGAAGAUAUUCGACAAGUGAGAAGUUUAUAUGAAGAGAAGUAUAGCUGGGAGAAGCAAUGUGACAGUCUUGUGGAGAAAAUGUGGGACAUAUUUCACGCUUCUGAAAGACGAGACACAAGUUUCAGCGUUCGGCAUGUCGAAGUUAUUGGCACGUCAACCGAACAACUAAGAGUUGAUUCAUUACUGAGUCCAAGUUCUCUUGACCGAAUCAUCCAGGAACUUCAGCGGAUGCAACUCGAUGCAAGAAAAGUCAAAAACAGAAUAGAUCUAUUAUUGGGGCUGAGGAAUAUUGCAUCAGACAGAGGCUUCAGAAUAUCUGACAAUCCAGGAUUAGGAAAUUGCAUGUUCGAUGCCUUGUCUGAACAACUGGAAAUUGUUCAGGGAAUCAAAAUCCCACAUGGUGAAUUAAGACAAAGCUUGGUUCAGUACCUCAAGGGAAACCGAAAACUUCCGGAUGGAACGGAUCUGUUUCAUUUUGUCCAUGGACAUCAAACAUGGACUGAAUACCUUGUACACAUGGAACAAGAUGGCGCUUCGGGCGAUCACGUGAUUCUGUGGGCCGCAGCAAGCUACUUUAAAACGUGCAUUCGUGUGGUCAGCAGUCUAUCCCAUAGCAAUGAUGUAAUCAUAACGCCACACUGUCCAGUUGACGAAAACAAACCUCUUGUGCUGGGAAAUAUUCAUGAAUUGUACUUUGUCAGCCUUCAACCCGUGCAAGAGCAGGAAUUUGAUGAUGAUGCAGGAGGAGAACUUGAUUUAAGGCGCGACACAGACGAGAGGGAAGUUAUUACAUGUGAAGUGGACCCAAGUCUACUUGCUCACCUUGAAGCCAUUGGCAAGAAAGGAGCGGAAAAAGUCACGAAAAAGGAGGAUAAUCAGAAGUACAAACGCCAAAAAACAGAAAUCCUUGAGGAGGACCCAUUUUUGUCCAUGGCGAGGGACGAACACCAAUUAAAGAUGAAGGUUCUAAAGCUUCAAGAGUGGAAGCUAAUGCACCAAUGCGAUAACAUGGGAAUUAGUUUACCACCUGCAUACGUCAAUGAAGAGGAAGAUUCUUUAAGCAACCUGUAG